AUGCCCGUUUCUCGUAGUAACUGCGUCCAACCGAAUCUUUUGAUCUUUUUUGUCGUCGCUGCAAUCUUCUUGGCUGCUAUAGCCACAGCCGAACCCCCUGCUCCCCGCAACGGUUUUUCCUCUCCUUCGAGCAACUACCUGCCCCCAGGCCAGUCGUUCAAUGGGAAUAACGGUUACAACUAUAACUCAAACGACAAUGGUUACAACUACCCCUCGACCUCCAACGGUGGAAACUAUCCUGCCCCAUCCCAGCAGUACGGAGCCCCCUCUGGUAACGGCGCAAACGGCGGAUACAACUACGAGGACGCUAAUGCUCAACCUGCCAAAUACUCAUUCGAGUACAACGUGCAGGACUUCGCCUCCGGCAACGACUUCGGACACAUGGAGUCUCGUGAUGGCGACCGAACCGUUGGACGCUACUAUGUCCUCCUCCCCGAUGGUCGUAAGCAAGUUGUAAACUAUGAAGCCGACCAGAAUGGAUAUCGUCCAACCAUCACCUAUGAAGAUGUUGGUACUGGAAAUGGAGCUAAUGGUAACAAUGGUGGAUAUGGAGGAAACGGACAGUUCAACGGUUAUCAAUAAACUUCUGGCAAUGCCAACGACGACAACCUGUCAGCAAUUGUAGAUACUCCUGGACGCAACGAGAUAUGUAGUUACCUUCACUGUAGUUAAACGAAAAUCAUAGGUCAUAAACCGCAUUGUAAGUAUUGCAUUUGUCAUUUCAUGGAGCACAAAAAUAUUGUUAUAGGCACCAGUCAUUAAGUAAAAACUGAUAUGCGCCAGUUAUCCUAUAGUCAACACAAGACACACUUUAACGAUCCGACCCAAGCAAUGUUUAAAAGUAAUUUUUGAUAAAUCGUCUUAUAAGGGAGUUUAAACAACGAAAUUAACUCCCCAGUACAAGUUUAAUGAGUUAUUAAGAGCAAUGUGGAACAAAGCAAUAUAAAAACCCCAUCAACAAAGCAUGGAGUAAAAAAAAUGUUAAAUAUAUUAAAGAACAUAGUAUAAAUUAUCAUGCUUUUUUCGAGGAAAGGACGAUAACGAUGAUGAAGGUACUGCCAUAACCAACAAAAACAACGAUAAACAACAUACAUUCGGGCUUUCCAACACUAUACCAUCAAGAGCAUGAAAGUGGAUAAUAACUAGCAAAACGUCAGAAAUUAAACUCACCACCUUUUUUCAGCAGAUGUCACUGUAAAAUCAUGGGAAAUGUUUUUGAUUUCUGCUAAACUGUUGAUAUUGUUCACCUUUUUUGCUAUCGGAUUGCGUCGUUUGCGUUGUACAAUCCACAUCU